AUGGAAGACUUCCUGACCGGUGCGGAUUCUUCCAAACGAGACGCCGACAACAAGUCCUACUUGGAUCAAUUGCAAAAGCGUGUGAACGUUGUCAAUAGCUGGGAAGCGACGGUAGAAGAUCUCGGGGACGAUGAGCUGGAAGCCAAAACAGCCGACUUCAAAAGUAGACUUGCUAAGGGGGAAGACAUCAACGGACCCCUACUCGAAGAGGCAUUUGCGGUUGUUCGCGAAGCUGCUUGGCGUGUUUUGGAACUACGACACUACGAUGUGCAAAUCAUGGGCGGAUUCAUUCUUCACGAUGGUCGCCUGGCCGAGAUGGCCACUGGUGAAGGAAAGACGUUGGUCUCCACCUUACCCACCUACGUCAACGCAUUGACAGGAAAAGCCUCUUUCGUUAUCACUGUCAACGAUUACUUGGCCCGCCGUGAUAUGGAGAAGAUGGGACAGGUUCACCGCUUCUUGGGACUCACUGUCGGUUUAAUCCAAUCCGGAAUGACGGAAGAACAACGUCAAAAGGCGUACGCCUGUGAUGUGGUGUAUGUGACCAACUCGGAAUUGGGGUUUGAUUAUUUGCGUGAUCACUUGGCGCUAUCACCGAAACAGACCGUAUUGCCCGGCGGAGCUGGGGAGUUUGACGGAUUUUGCGUGGUCGAUGAAGCCGAUUCGGUUUUGAUUGACGAGGCUCGAACGCCCCUCAUUAUCAGCAAACAAGUUCCGGCACCGGCCAACAAGUACGCGACGGCCAACCAACUCGCGGGUGCAUUGAAAACAGGAAUUCACUACGAAGUGGAUCUGAAAAACAAAAAUGUGGUGAUGACGGAGCAAGGAUAUCGUGAAUCGGAACGUGCGCUGGGCGUAGAUAGUCUUUUUUCAAUUGAUGGGAAAGGGGAAGCGUGGGCGCCGUUCGUAGCGAAUGCCGUCAAGGCCAAGGAGCUCUUUGAAAAGGACGUCGAGUACACUAUUUUGAAGGAUAGUUCGGGUAAGUCUACUGGAGUCGGUAUCAUCGAUGCGUUCACUGGCCGUGUUCUGGACGGUCGCCGGUGGUCCGAUGGGCUCCACCAGAGUAUUGAAGCCAUGGAAGGCAUUGAUGUUAGCGAACAGAGUAAGGUGAUCGCAAAGGUAACCUACCAGGCCCUUUUUCGUCAAUUCACCCGAUUGUCGGGCAUGACGGGUACGGCCAUGGCUGACGCCUCAGAGCUGGAACAAACGUAUGGUCUCAUGGUCACUCCCGUGCCGACGGCCUUGCCCGUUGCUCGCCGCGACUACGCGGACGUUGUCUUCAAGACUCGCAGAGCUGCUGAUCGUAAUCUGAUCAAAGAAGUUGUGAACGUUGGUGGGGGUGAGCCUUUAGGUCGCCCAUGUUUGAUUGGAACCACAUCAGUUGCACAGAGUGAAAUUUUGGUGGAGGCGCUUGUCAAGGAAGGAAUCAAGGCGGAACUUUUGAAUGCGUCCCCAAAAAAUGCGCCACGAGAGAGCGAAAUUGUUGCGCAAGCUGGUCGAUCUGGUGUGGUGACGGUUGCCACAAACAUGGCAGGACGCGGUACAGAUAUCUUGUUGGGAGGCUGUCCGACGACAAUGGCACGAAUAAAGACAAGAUCUAUCCUAUUGGAUCGAGGAGUUUUGUCGGCGGAAGAAAAAGCGGGGGUUCCGCCUUCUCCUUCCGAAAACUACUUUCCGGCUCCUAUCGAUGAAGACGUUCUUACCAUGCUGAAUGACGCUGCCGCUUCUUUAAAGAAGGCAAUGGGCAUCGAAUUGACCGGUAUUGAGCUCGAUGAAAUCUUAACUGUUGCUUUUGACACAACCGAGGCAGAAGAUGACCUGGACUACAUUGUGAAACUUCGCGACGCUGCAGCUGCCGUCAAGGCCGUUUACGAGCCUGUAUUGGCUGAAGAGAAGGAAGCCGUAAAAAAAGCAGGUGGUCUCUACGUAAUGGGAACGAACCGUCACGAAUCAUCCCGUAUCGAUCAACAACUACGAGGGCGUUCCGGUCGCCAGGGUGAUCCAGGUUCGUCGCGUUUCUUCCUUUCCUUUGAAGACGACAUGUUUGUCAUCUUUGGAGGUGACCAGUUGAAUAGAAUGCUGGAGAUGUUUCGAGUUAGUGAGGACAUGCCAGUCGAAGCUCAGCAGGUGACGGAUGCUUUGGACAAAGUUCAGAAGCAAGUCGAAGAAAAAUAUAGAGAUAUUCGCCGAGAAAUCUUUAACUUCGACGACGUACUCAAUAGCCAGCGAAAGGUGAUCUAUUCACGCCGAAGAGGAGUACUAUUUUCGGCUCCGGAAGAUUCGUUGAAAAUGAUGAAGACGUAUAAUGAAAAGACAAUCCAAGACAUUGUCAAGGCGCAGACAGACGAGGCUGGUAGCGUCAAGGUCGACAAAGUUUUGGAAAAGAUUGCUCAGUUCUUUCCACUUGCACAGCCUUUGGUCACCGUUGGCGACUUAAGUGGUAAGAAUCAAAAUGCUGUCGCUGACCUUCUGAAUGUUGCCGUUGAGGAGGUUUUCUCCGCAAAGAUAAAAGAAAUGGAUGCCCUAGCAAAGUCCGCUGGAAAUGCCCCGAAUUCGCUAGGGCGGUCGGCCAACUACAUCGCGCUCGUAACCAUGGACAACGCCUGGAGUGAUCAUUUGCAGGCAAUGGAGAAUUUGAAAGAGUCUGUAAUUCUACGGCAGUACCAAGGAAGGGAUCCUGUGGCCGAGUACCAAAACGAAGCGUUCAAGCUGUUUCAGGGUCUGGAGGACACAAUGCGCUUCAACGCCGUUUACUCUCUAUGGCAAUCACUCGCAACGCAACCUCAAGCAGUACAACAGCAGACUUGA